AUGCUGGCACGAAGCUUGCAGCAGCAUGCGGAGAACCGUGCAAGGCAGGCACAGUGGGAGGCAAGCCUUUGGCAUGCCAAGGUCACUGAUCUUGGCCCCUGCGUUGGCGACCGAGCAUACGUAGCAGCAUCUAUGCAGCGACACACUCACUCCAAACCGCAUCAAGUCCCGCCUGCGCAGCGUGACCGAGCCAUGUUGCGACCUGCUGAGACCUACGCCUCGGCUACAGGUCGGAGCAAGAGCAGAACAAAGAAGAAACUUUACUUCACGGCUACGCCGACAGAUCCCGUGCGAGAUAGUUCUCCUCAUCGAGACCCGAAGCUUUCUCACCGGCGAGCUGAGAUGAAAAGCUGCACAAGGGCAAGCAACUUGUUAAGACGCUUGUCGGAGGCGUUUCAGGUGAAAGAAGUGGAUGGUAGUGUGAUUGGUGCUGCUAUGCAAACUUGCGGCCACAGGCGUUGGUGGGAAGCCCUCAUGCAGGUGUAUGACGAGGCAGUUCAUCAUAACAUUCAGCUUGAUCGGAUUCAGAGAAGCAUCUUCAUCAACGCCAUGGCUGCUUGCUUGCAGCGCUCUCAGUGCAGUGACUUGGAGCUUUCUGCGCGCAAGGAUCGAGCUUUGCGUCUGAGCAAGCAUGUUUGGAAUCAUAUGUCUUUCCCAUCCAAAGAGCUGGACUUCCUCUGCGCGUUGGGUGCUGCUUGGAGGGUGUGUGCUGAAAUCGGUGAGCAGGCCUUGCCAUGGGCGGAAGAGCUGCUGAACUGUUGCAAUGCGCAGAAGAAGUACAAUGCUACUGCCAUACAAUACUCACCUCUUUGGUCAUUGUUCGAGCGAUGCAAGCACAAGGCCCGAGUGGAAGAGCUGCUGCAGGAGUUUGUUCGGAGACCGGGUUGCUCUCUUACCGAAGUCACCCUCGGCAGUCUUAUCAAUGCUGCCGGGGAUGACUGGAGACGAGUUGAAAGGAUUUGGGACCUCCUGGUAAACAAAUAUCACGUUGAACCGAACAUGCUUUGCUUCACAGCCAGGAGCAAAGCACACUUCCUAGCCGGGAGACCAGCAGCUGCUGCAAACAGUUUGGAGGGCACUCAAGUGGAUGAUGGCCCGCGCGCAGUGGCGAUGCACCUUCAAGCACGGCUAGUCGUUUGCCACGCUGAGCUGACCAAAGAAAGCAAGAGAAAGCUGAUAAAAUGUUUGACUGAUGCCGAGACAGUGGAUACGAGCGAAGACAGCAGACAGAUAAAAUCGGAACUGGCGCAGCUAAUCGAACUAUCGCGUAAACUGCUGAGAGAACCUUCUUGUUUGCGCUUGCCCGACUUGCUCGUCAUGCAUUUUGCCCGAAAUGGUCGAAUGGGUGAGUGGCCUCGGCACAAAGCUGGCUCCAAGUACCUUCCGAAUGACGACUGCUGA